UAUUAUUCAUAGCCCGUGUGAAUGUGUGACUCCUUAUCAUUCCACCUGUCCACCACCUCUCUUUCUUCCCUCUUUUUCUCUCAGUGUCCAGUGUGUGGCUGUGCCCUCACGAUGCCACGCGCACGCUAAUCCGCUCUCGCGGCGCACAUGCUCAGUACCGAUCACUGUGGCGAUCUGUAAUGGCUGCGGGAUGAUGUGAUACCAAUCCAGGUGCCGCGCCGCGUUGGUAGGAAUGCCAUUUCCCUGAGACCGCCAACCACUACGUUCAUUCCUCCGUCAACAUGGUUGACAUCCGACAGAAGAAUAAAGGUCGGACAUCGUAGUCGUGAGCACUUGCGAGAGUCCUAAUUGUUGCUGGUGUGUGAUAGUGCCAGUGAAUUGUGUGUGGUUGGCGGUAGUCAGGAGUGAUGGCUGUGAAGGAGCGGGUGGAGGCGGUGCUGAAUGUGGGCCUGCGGGUCCCCAGUAUCAUGUUACUAGAGGUGCUGUACCGCUGGGAUGUCAGCUCCUUCUUCCAAAAGAUCCAGAGAAGCAGCCUCAACAACAACCCCCUCUUCCAGUACAAGUACCUGGCCCUCUACCUUCACUAUGUGGGCUACAUCCUGAGUCUGGUUCUGCUCACCCUGCCCCGACAGCACCUGGUGCAGCUCUACCUGUAUGUGCUCACUGCUCUGCUGCUGUUCGCUGGUCACCAGAUCUCAAGGGACUAUGUGCGCAGUGAACUGGAGUCAGGCUAUGAGGGCCCGCUGUACCUGGAGCCUCUAUCCAUCAACCGCUUCACUACUGCGCUCAUCUGCCAGCUGGUGGUUUGUACCUUGUGCUCCUGUGUAAUGCAGACCAAGCGCAUUUGGCUGUUCUCAGCGCACUUGCUCCCUCUGGUGGCCAGGCUGUGCCUGGUCCCUUUGGAGACCAUCGUUUUCGUCAAUCGUUUUGCCAUGAUUUUCACAGGCCUGGAAGUCAUCUACUUUUUGGCCUCCAACCUGCUGGUGCCAUUUAAUUUGGCCAAGACAGCCUACCGGGAACUUGCACAGGUGGUGGAGGUUUAUGGCUUGCUGGCUCUCGGUAUGUCUCUGUGGAAUCAGUUGGUUCUGCCUGUGUUGUUCAUGUGUUUCUGGCUGGUUCUGUUUGCUCUGCAAAUCUACACAUACUUCAGCACACGGGACCAGCCCACAUCUAGAGAGAGGCUGCUCUUCCUUUUUCUCACCAGUAUUGCAGAGUGCUGUUGUACUCCAUACUCUCUGCUGGGCCUGGUCUUCACCGUUUCAUUCGUUGCUUUGGGAGUGCUCACUCUUUGCAAGUUCUACCUGCAGGGCUAUAGGGCUUUCAUGAAUGACAACACCAUGCACAGGGGAAUGACAGAGGGAAUCACUCUUCUGAUCCUCGCUGUUCAGACUGGACUGAUCGAGCUCCAGGUCAUCCACAGAGCCUUCCUCCUCAGCAUCAUCCUCUUCAUUGUGGUGGCCUCCAUCCUGCAGUCUAUGCUGGAGAUAGCUGAUCCCAUAGUGCUGGCACUGGGAGCCUCCAGAGACAAGAGUUUAUGGAAACACUUUAGAGCGGUUAGCUUGUGCUCGUUUCUGCUGGUGUUCCCAGCCUACAUGUCCUACAUGAUAUGUCAGUUCUUCCACAUGGACUUCUGGCUGCUGAUCAUCAUCUCUUCCAGCAUCUUGACCUCAUUACAGGUGCUGGGCACGCUGCUGAUCUAUGUGCUCUUCAUGGUGGAGGAGCUCAGCAAGGCUCCGGUGGAGAACAUGGAUGAUGUCAUCUACUGGGUGAACGGCACCUACAGGCUGCUGGAGUUCUUGGUUGCGCUGUGCGUGGUGGCGUACGGUGUGUCGGAGACGGUGUUUGGGGAGUGGACCGUGAUGGGCUCCACCAUCGUGCUCAUCCAUUCUUACUAUAACGUGUGGCUGAGGGCCCAGCUGGGCUGGCAGAGUUUCCUGCUCCGCAGAGAUGCUGUCAACAAGAUCAAGAGCCUACCUACAGCUUCUCACCAACAACUCCAGCAGCACAAUGACAUCUGUUCCAUCUGCUACCAGGACAUGACGUCAGCUGUGAUCACCCCCUGCAGUCACCUCUUCCAUGCCGGCUGCUUGAAAAAGUGGUUGUAUGUGCAGGAGACCUGCCCUCUUUGCCACAACCAGCUGAAAGGCUCAUUACAACCCGGCUCUUCAACACAGGACGCCCCGCCACAAGAGCCCCCAAUACAGCUAGCAGGUGAUCUGGACCCUUCACAGCAUCCAGAGUCAGAUUCAGCUCUCCAGGUUCACCAGCAAUACGACGCCACUCUCGUUUCAGCGUCAGACCUCACGGUUGGGCUAAAAGACGACUGUGACACUCCUGCCUGCUCCUCCCUCCAAUCCUAAAAGCUGCCUUGAGCCAAACCCAACUCCACACACUGCUGGACAAAAGACAGUGUUACAGCAGAGGGUCUGAUGGGACACUGUCGGCCCACUCUGUGACUGAUAUGUACACAUGGAAUGCUCCUGAGACAUCUAUACGGUCCAUAUCCUUCUACCAUCCCCCUCUCAUC